AUGGACGCUUGCGUCGUGCAAGUUCCGGAGGCAGCGUCGACGCCGCGCGCCGUCUGGUCGAGGCUGUCGAGCUCGAGCAGGAGCCAGCAGCAGCAGCAGCUGGUCAAGGCUGUCGUCGAGCACCAGCAGCGAGAAAAAAAGAAAUCUCUGAAAAGGAAAACCUCCUUCCCGCCCACUGCACCAUCGCCGACGCGAGUUUGCGGCGGCGGCGGCGGCGACAUCACCAACUCCAAAUUAAACAAAGCAGAGCAAGAGGAGAAGCAGAGAACGAAAUCUGAGCCCCCCAAAAAAAAAUUCUUCCCCAAUUACGUACCGAGAUCUAGUCCAAAUUUUUCCCACCAGCGAAGGAUCGAUCCAGCCAUGGACGCCGCGCCGCCGCCAUCGUCGUCGGUCAUCUUCCUGGGGACGGGCUGCUCCGGGGCGCUCCCCGACGCCCGGUGCCUCAUCCACCCGUCCACGCCGCCGUGCCCCGUCUGCUCUCAGGCCCUCUCCCUCCCGCCCGAGCGGAACCCCAAUUACAGGUGUAACACCUCCCUCUUGAUAGAUUACUGUCAGGACGAUGGAUCCCAUAACUACAUUCUAAUCGAUGUGGGCAAGACCUUCAGAGAACAAGUUCUCCGAUGGUUUUCUCAACACAAGAUCCCUUACGUUCACUCGAUUAUUCUCACUCAUGAGCACGCAGACGCCGUCUUAGGUCUGGACGAUGUUUGGGUUGUACAACCAAGUGGUUGUAGAAAUGGUUUUAGCCAAGUUCCUAUUUUUCUCACCAAAUUCACAAUGGACAGUGUUGCAGCAAGAUUCCCCUAUUUAAUGAAAAACAAGCUAGAGGAAGAUGAUGAAAUUUCCCAAAUCAUUCAACUCGACUGGAAGAUAAUUGAGGGUGAUAUUGACAAACCAUUUGUAUCAUCAGGGCUAGAGUUUGUUCCCCUGCCAGUCAUGCAUGGAGAGGAUUAUGUUUGUUUAGGAUUCCUAUUUGGAAGGAAAGCGAGAAUCGCAUAUUUAUCUGAUGUCUCAAGAAUUCUACCUAGAACUGAGCAUGCAAUUUCGAAGUCUGGUGCUGGACAACUUGAUCUUCUUGUACUAGAAACAAACACGUUACACGGGGAGGGAGAUCCUGGCAGUUGCCACCUUACCCUGACUCAGACCCUUAAUGCUGUCAAAAGGAUAAGUCCUAAGAGAGCUCUAUUAAUUGGAAUGAACCAUGAAUUUGAACAUCACAAGGAAAAUCAGACGCUGGCAGAAUGGUCUAGCAGAGAAGGAAUACCGGUACAACUAGCUCAUGAUGGCCUCCGCGUGUUUAUUGACCUGUAGCUCAUAGCACAUAAAGAAAUUCAGAACAUAAUGUUUCAGGAAUUUGGCGAUUACUUGAUGCUAUUGCUUAUAUAUGCACCUGGAUGUAAUAGCUCUGCUAGUACUGUUUACCUAGAAUAAUGAAGCCCUUUGUCUCUGUACAUGUUCACUCCUUUACUCAGCUACCAACUUGUCUCAUUGUAUACUUAUGUUCCUUGCGGAUGUUUUAAAAUGGUAAAUUAUGACAAUAAUGUACAGAUUAAAAAUAAUAUAGUGUUGCAUUCACCUAGACUUUGAAACUGGUAGUACAUGAGAAUGGUUCAAACCUUUCUAUUCGAACGAAAUAAUGAUGAGUGCAAAGGGCUGGCAUUGGCAGUUUGGCACUGAAUGACAACAUCCGUUA